UGGCGUACCCUGAAGGUAUCAAGAGCCCCAAGGUUGAACUCAAUGCGAACGUCAGCGAUGGCCGAUUCAGAUACGAUCGCGAUUUCCUCAUGCAGUUCAUGCACAUCUGCAAGGAGAAGCCGCCUACCCUUCCUGCUCUCGAUGUCCUCGGCAUUGAACCCGUCGAUCAAUCUUCGUUUGCCAUGGCCCGCGGUGGCUCUGGACGUCAUCGCAAUGCCUCUGGCGCGAUGCCUCCUUCUGCCACUCGUCAGGCUUCUGUCGGCCUGGGUAUCGGCGGCUUCCAGAAACCAUCCGUUCCAAGCGGUUUUCAGAUGGGCAACUUCCAGUCGCCUGGAAGCAAGCUUACGAGCGAGGAACGUUUUGCCAUGUCAUCCAACGUCCGUUCUGCUUCAACUAGCAGUGCCACCGCUCAAUUCCGCGCCCCCAUGGUGCGCACGCCUAGUCAGGGUGGCCCUGGUCAUCCCAUGCAUGGCAACCGCACGCGCAGUAAACGUGGUGAGAAGCGUGGUGACGCUAACAAGACACCGAUGUCCCAGCAAGGACAAGGUUCUGGCUAUGGCGUUGCACCUAUACUGGGCGCUGGCUAUGAGCCCGUUGUACCUCUCGAACAAUCUGCCAACCGUUGGGUCCCCGCAAGCACGGCCCGCAAGGUUCAACCUGACGUUGACUCACCUGAGCUGGUCGACCGUAAGGUCAAGGCAUUGCUCAACAAGCUUACGAUGGAGAAGUUCGAGUCUAUCUCAGACCAGAUCAUCCACUGGGCGAACAAGAGUGUGAACGAGAAAGACGGGCGGACCCUUAUCCAAGUCAUCCGGUUGGUGUUCGAGAAGGCGACUGAUGAAGCUGCUUGGAGUGAGAUGUAUGCACGUUUGUGUCGGAAGAUGAUGGAGCAGAUCAGCCCGGAGGUGCAGGAUGACGGAAUCAAGAACUCGGACGGCAAGCCUAUUGCAGGUGGUCAGCUCUUCCGGAAGUACCUCCUCAACCGCUGUCAAGAGGACUUCGAACGGGGGUGGGUCGCCAAGGAAGCCACUGCUGCAGCUGCUGCGGCGAAGGCAUCUGAUGAUCAAGCCACCAAGGAUGCUAACGAGAAGAAGGAUACGGAGGAAGCUGAGCUCUAUUCGGAAGAGUACUACGCCGCACAGAAGGCGAAACGUCAGGGCCUUGGUCUCAUCAAAUUCAUCGGCGAGCUGUUCAAGCUGCAGAUGCUCACAGAGCGUAUCAUGCACGAGUGUGUGAAGAAGCUGUUGGGCAACGUCGAGAACCCCGAGGAAGAGGAGAUCGAGAGUCUGUGCCAGCUGUUGAAGACGGUUGGCCAGUUGCUCGAUACGCCCAAGGCUCGUGCGCAUAUGGACGUCUACUUCACGCGCAUGAAGGAGCUUGGCAAGAGCCUGAAUGUCAGCUCUCGUAUGCAGUUUAUGCUUCAGGACGUCAUUGAGUUGCGUGAUCGUAAAUGGGUCACCCGCAAUGCUAUUGCCGCACCUACAACGAUCGCUGCCGUUCACGAACUGGCCGCCAAGGAGAAGGAAGCUAAAGAGAAGGAGUCAUUCAACCGUCAGAUAAGCAUGUCUCGUGGUGGCUCUCGACGUGGUGGCGAUCGCAACCAAGAGCACGGUCCUGAUGGCUGGGCUGUUGCAGGUGGUUCAGUGCCACGGGCGCCUCCCAAGGCUGGCGAUCUUUCACAGUUCGGCAAGAUCAACAAGGGCGCGCCCAUGGCAAUGGUAAUGGGUCCAAGUGGCAUCUUCGCGGCCGGCAAGAAGGACAGCAAGCGGGAGGCACUUUCACGGACAAAUUCGAGCUCGAAUAUGUUCCACAUGCUCAGCCAGAACCCGGAGCUCGCCCCCGAGACGUCCGCCAAGCCCAGUCGUUCGUCGAGUCGGAAGCCCAGCCUUGAUCUUGGUCAUGCUGGUGUCCCUGAGCCCGCUGUACAGCGUAGGAAACUACAGCUCCUUCCACGGUCUGUUCUUGCUGCUGACGAGAACGCGACCACUCCUUCGGAAGAAGAACCUGAGAUUGUACCCAUCGCCAUGUCAGAAGCAGACGCCAAGAAGAAGAUUGAUGAAGACGUAAAGGAGUUCUUCGCAGUUCGCAAUCUUGAAGAGGCGGAUGUUUACUUCACCAAUCUUCCCGACGAGCACCGCUUCCGACUCGUGGACAAGCUGGUUGCGUCCGCGCUCGAGAGCAAAGAGGCGGACGCAAGGUUGGUGGGCGAUUUCUUCGCGCAGGCUAUGGCCAAUGGACAGUGUACGCUCGAGGUCUUUGAGGAGGGAUUCGCGCCUAUGGCGGAGCUUUUGGACGAUAUCGCCAUUGAUGCUCCCAAGGCGUUUGAUUAUAUGGCUAUCAUGCUCAGGGGUGCUGGAUUCGAGAAGGAUCCUGAGAGGCUCCAACGGAUUGCUUCGAAGCUCGAGGAUAGCGACAAGCUAGUCUCUCUCGUGGCUUGAUCUUCCACACUCGCAUCUCACGUUUUCGAUACAUUGUUCUUUUUACCUGCAUUCUCAUCGCAUUUUCGUUUUCGUUCGUUUUCUGGUCGUAUUGCGUACGUUCUUGGUGUUCUGCAAACUAAUAUAUGUACAUCGCACGGCACUUUUUUGCGUUUGUCCUCUUUUUUUGUUAUCAUUCACUACAGUAUUACAGCGGCAUAGGCUACAGCUAGCAGUACAUCAGGUACCAGCAAUGCAUUUCAGAUUACGAACA